UCGGCAAGGGGCGCGAGGCCUGGAAAGGAGGCGGAUGGUGCCAGGCGCUUCAGGUGUGCUGCAGAGACCGCAGCGGGAUGGCGGCCUGAAGCAUGCGAUUGUUUGCUGUAUAGUGGGAGCCUUGGGAACCCAGCAGCCCCACCUUCUGCUGCACUUAAGGGCUCGGGCAUUGUUUUUUUUAUUUCUUGCGAUUUAGAAAAAGUUAUUUCCCGUAAGUAGUCCUGAAAGGGACGAUGCAGUUAAGAACUUUGUUAUUGAAAUGUGGUGCAGAAAAGUGUCAUGCAGAACAGGGUGGUAGGAUUUGAAGAGAUGGGAGUUAUUCAAAUGUUGUGAGGGAAUCCAAUUCUUUGUAGAACCUGCACUUGAGUCAAGAGCCAUGUGGUCAGCCAAUGAAAUCGCUGGGCUAUGUUACCUGCAUUAUAGGACCAGACUUCCUAAGCAGGGGAAACCAGAUCCAAACAGGGAAUGGACUUCCCUGGCAGCUGUUGUCAAAGUGGAAUCUGCAGCCCAAAGAGAGGCUCUCGAUAGUCCAGGAAACCUGGAGGUAACUAAGGAAGUUGUUGCUAUGGGAACUGGAACAAAAUGCAUUGGCCAAAAGAAAAUGCGAAAAACUGGAGAUAUUCUGAAUGACAGCCAUGCUGAAAUUUUGGCCAAGAGGAGCUUCCAGAGGUAUCUUCUCCAUCAGUUGUGGCUUGCAGCUUCCCAUCAGCAAUGUAUCUUUAGUCCGGGAACUGAAACUGGGAAAUGGAAACUCAAACCAAAUAUCAUAUUUAUUUUCUUCUCCAGUCAUACCCCAUGUGGAGAUGCUUCUAUUUUUCCAAUCAGUGAACCACAGAACCAGUUUUCUAAGCCAGUGACUGGAGGUUAUGCCGUUGGACAAUCUGCAGAAUGCAGAAGUAACCAUAAUCACUUGUAUCCAGAAGAUAAAAGGAAAUCAGAGAAGAUGGCAAGUAAUCAUAUAAUCAAGAGAAUGAAAAGUGAUGAUGCUGAUUGUUUUUCCAUAAUCACUGAAGACCUGGCUGUUCAUGAAUCUGUGAAACAAAAAGACGCAAAUCAAAAGAGCUGUAAAUGUUCUGCAGAGAUGCAAACAACUAAUGAGACAGGCUUAGUGAGACCAAGGGUAGUAGAUGUUCAUAGAACUGGAGCAAAAUGUGUACCUGGAGAGUUGGAUGAUGCCCGAAUACCUGGACUGGGGUACCACUGUGUAGGAUUAUUACGAGUGAAGCCAGGUCGAGGAGACCGAACAUGCUCUAUGUCCUGCAGUGAUAAACUGGCUCGCUGGAAUGUGUUAGGGUGUCAAGGAGCUCUUCUGAUGCAUUUUCUGCAGUAUCCAGUGUAUCUGUCUGCAGUUGUAGUGGGGAAGUGUCCGUAUAGCCAAGAAGCUAUGCAGAGAGCAGUUAUUGAAAGGUGUCAGCACAUCUCAUCUUUACCAGAUGGUUUUCUCACUCAGGAGGUUAAGCUGCUGCAAUCAGAUCUUCAAUUUGAACACAGCCAUCAGGCAAUUCAGGAAGUUCAAAGUAACAGCAAAACAAAGCUUGUUCCUUGCAGUGCAGCUAUCAGUUGGAGUGCAGUCCCUGAACAACCUCUGGAUGUCACCUCAGACGGCUUCCGCCAGGGAACAACAAAGAAGGGGAUUGGGAGCCAUCAGAGUAGGAUGAAGACUCUAAAAACCUACUGGGACUACAAGGAAGCUGCAUUAAGUUAUCAAGAAGCCUGGAGAGUGCUGCGUAGCCAAGCUCUGCUGGGUUGGGUCAAGAAUGCCAAGGAAUACCUGCACUUCACAUGAGAAUCCAUGCAACUGUGUGAAUCCAGGAAUAAGCUCUGGUCUACAGCAGAUACCUCUGCAGUUCAAGGACCAGAAAAAUACGCGCUCUAGUUUAUGUGCUGUAAAGAGACAGGAGUGAAAAGGAAAGCAAUUUAGAGAAUACUUUAUUUUUACUGAGUUGAAUCCCCCUUUUUAUUGAAAUACAGAAAAGGAUCAUUGCUGACUUAAAAUUCUGAGCUGCAUGAAACAAUAUCCCUCCAAAAGGAAAGAAGCAGUGAUGUGCUAUCCUAGUAUCUGAGGAUAUGAUCUACCAGCCAUAGUCCCUGCAGUGAAAGUAAUAUCAACUGAAAUCGAAGCAGUACCAUGGAAAAGUUUAGUGCUGCUUUUCUCUUCCACUUCUCAUAAUGUUGUGGUUGUUUUUCUGUUGCUGAAACAACCCUAAUGUAUAGUAAGUAAUACUUUCAUAACUCUGAGCUCUUUUUGUCUGGUGACUGGAAGAAUUUUCUGUGUCCCCCAGCCCCAUUGCUUUAACUAGAAAAACUAGUUCUGUUAAAGUGUCUUUUUUUUUCUGGGAAUCUUUCAUAUAUGCUGCUUUUUAUUAAACAUAGCCAUAGAUAUCACCACAGCAGAAGCAAAAGCACUGGGGAGGAGUCUGUGUCAAAUAAUACCACUUAUGCUAUCUUGUGCAUCUCAAUUUCAGGACUUUGCCAGAUAACCUUUCAUCUGCUUCUGUAGGAAGGAAAGCAAGCUCCUGAAUGACUUGGUUCAAAUUAGCCAAUCCUAUGUAAUUACAGGCAUACAUUUAUCUAAUUUUAAGUGUUUCAAGCACUGUCCAUCUCCGUGCCCUCCCUGUGGGAAAUGGUCAAUUAAAAGCAGAAUUGCUUCAGCCA